AAAUGGGUGUGUCAUAAUCAUCGUCUUUCCAGUUCGGGGUUGCAUGUUGUCAGUGUUGGAGAAUUUUGUUUGAACUGUUGCGGAUUAAUCUGAGAAAUUGGAAUUCUCUUCCGCUACCAUCUCUCGGGAAUUUGUUUGUUUUUGCGAUAUUUCAUUCUCGGGAAUUUAUUUCUCAUUUUGUUGUUAAUUUGAGUGCCGUGUGUGGAUUGGCAGAACGCGGGAAUCUGUGUGUGUUUCUCGAAAAGAGUCUCUUUGCUGAUUGUGGAUACAGAUUAGCACAAAAUGUCGGGCCGAUGCGGAGAGAUGUUGCGGGUGUACAAUAAAACAAGUCUUGGUGGUGUGCGGUGUGUGUCGAUAUCGGCGCCAGCGGCGAGUAGGGUAGAGCAUACGCGUAGUCAUGCGGAUACGGCAAAUGUAAAGUUUGAUGAUCCCAAAUUGGCCUACCAAAGCCGGACGACGUGGGAAGUGUUCCGCUCGUGGAUGGUGCUGAGCUUCUGCAAGCACGAAUUCCUUGUUGAUAGCAGCGAUAAGCUGAUAAAAUUCGGACGAAAAGUCUUGGGUCCGAAACUUUUUAAUCGUGUAAUGAAGAAGACAUUUUAUGGUCAGUUUGUCGCGGGAGAAAAUGUGGAUGAAAUCCGUCCGCUCAUUGCCAGAAUGCGCCGUUUCGGAGCCAGUAUCAUUCUGAACUACGCCGUGGAAGAUGAUGAACAAGGAAGCCAACAGAAAAAAUCAGGAAUUAUGGUUCAGCAUGAACCAAAGGAGGAUGCCGGCGAUGUGAACCUGCGAUACUUUAUGAAAUGCGUGGAUGAUAUGGCCGAAGUGACGAAUGGCGAGGGCUUCGCCGCCAUCAAAGUCACCGCGUUAGCCAAGCCGGAAACUCUGACGGCAAUGAGCGAUGCUAUCCGCAAGUCGCAAAUGUUUAUCAACCACUUGCUGGAUCGGGAUGCAGCGCUGCCCGUCACAGCACUGAAUAUUCCUAUGGACGAAAUGAAGCGCAAGCUGGUGGAGAAAGGUCACGAUCUCGGAAAUGUUGCCGUGCAGGCGUGGUUGAAGGGACUGGCUACGCGGGAUGACAUGGUGAUCGACAGUCUGAACUGGCGGGAUAUUCUCGACCGGAAGAUGUCGCUGGAUCAGAUGUCUCUUCUUCCCGGGAACGCCUCGGGUCAGUUCUUGUCCGAUGAAGAGCGCGAAAAUGCGCAUAAUUUGGCUCGGCGCAUGGAUACCAUCGCCGAGCAUGCCUUCCGCAAAAAAAUGCGCAUCUUGGUGGAUGCUGAACAGAGCUACUUUCAGCCGGCUAUUGCACGUUUCUCCCUGGAAUUAAUGCGGCGCUACAACAAAGAGAAGCCGACGAUUUACAACACGUACCAAUGUUAUUUACGAGAUGCCCAUGUGAAUAUGAUGUCGCAUCUGGAACUCAGUAGGCAGGAAGGUUUUCUCUUCGGAGCCAAAGUUGUGCGCGGCGCAUACAUCGUUUUGGAGCGGGAACGUGCGCAGUCCCUAGGCUAUCCUGAUCCCAUUAAUCCGGAUUUCGAGACCACCAGCCGGAUGUACGAGAAGGUGGUCAGUGCCAUUCUGGAGGACAUGCUGCAACGACCCGGCAAAGCCAACAUCGUCAUUGCCGGGCAUAAUGAACAUACCGUCCGAUGGGCUAUCGAUAAGAUUCGCGCACUAAACAUUCCACAGAAAACGAAGCAGUUGUAUUUUGGGCAGCUGCUGGGAAUGUGCGAUCAUCUCUCCUUUACUUUAGCUCACAACGGCUACAAUGUUGUGAAGUGCGUGCCGUACGGCAGUGUGGACGAGGUGCUGCCAUACCUUAUUCGGCGUGCUCAUGAAAAUCGCGGUUUUAUGGAGAAGACGGUCAAGGAACGCCGAUUAUUGCGGCGUGAAUUAUAUCGUCGUCUUCGCGAAGGAGCGCUCUUAUACAACCCCAACGACUUAGACGGCGUUGUACCGCACCGACGUUGAAACCGAGUAGCCACUGCCUUUCAUCAUUUUCGUUAACAGCAUCCAUUUUUUAAAAGAAAUUUAUUAUUGUUGCUCAAAAUUACUAAACGCUGAAUUUCUUUCAGUUUUUAUUUGACCGGAACUUCGGAAUUGAUUUGAGUUAUAUUUUUUAUAACAACCGAAACUGACAUUCCGAAGGAAAUAAAAAAUUAUAAUAAAUCGGCCGGCAAUGUCGCAUGACUGUACAA